AAGUACUGUAUGCAAUUCAAUUCCAAAUAUCCGAAUAGAAUACUCACUGCAUUCCUGACAUACAGCCAAGAAGCUUAGAUCUGCCUAGUAUCACAGCUUACAGUGAGAGUGAUAUUCUUACACAUCCAUUUCAAGAUAAUGGCAUCCGAUCAAUUCACAUAUAGAGGAGUACAAUUUGCAAAAAAUGUACACUCUGAAGAAUCUCUCGACUAUGCAGAAAACAAGUUCACAGUAUUUGAUGAUGAUGUUUUCAAUGUAACUUAUCCAAAAUCAGGUACUAACUGGAUGAUAGAGAUUUUGAAUUUGAUCCGGAACAAAGGAGACAUAUCUUUGAGUAACCAAGUGCCAAUUUAUAUGAGAUCACCAUGGUAUGAAACAGUAAGCGGUAAAGAACAAAUUGAUGCCUUAACAAGUCCUAGGAUAAUCUCCUCACAUCUACCUUUUCAUAUGUUUGCAAAGUCCUUCUUCAAAUCAAAAGCAAAAAUCAUCUACACAAUGAGGAACCCCAAGGAUGUAUUUGUGUCUAAUUACCAUUAUACCAAGAUAGUCAAUUACUAUGAAGAUCCAGAAAGCUUCCAGAAGUACUUAGAAGACUUCUUGCAAGGAAAUGCUUUAUAUGGCUCUUGGUUUGAUCAUGUCAAAGGAUGGCUGCAAAUGAAGGAUGAUAAUCGCUUCUUCUUUAUUACAUAUGAAGAACUACUUCAGGACCUCAGAGGUAGUGUGGUGAGAAUCUGUGAGUUUCUAGGAAAGGAAUUAGACGAUGAAGCUAUCGACUUAGUUGUGGAACAUUCUACCUUCAAAUCCAUGAAGGAAAACAAGAUGUCCAACUGGUCUAUGAUACCUAAAGAUGUACUUGACCAUUCUAAAGGUUCCUUCUUGCGCAAGGGAGUCUCUGGAGACUGGAAGAAUCAUUUCACUGUAGCCCAAAGUGAAUAUUUUGAUAACAUUUAUCAAGAAAAACUAAAAGAUUUCGACUUCAGUUUUGUUUGGGAAGAAAAAUGAUGUUCUCUGAUACUUAGAUACUUUUCAAUUAUGUAUCAACUGUGCUAAUCUUAUGGUCAAACUGUACAUUGCCACUGUUAUGUUAUUGCACUAUUGCUAUGGAAUUUGCUGUAAAGCUAUAAAUAAAUAAGAAAAAAAGUAAUUGUCAAUUGCAAUAAAUGUAAAUUAAAAAAAGCCAACAGAUUUUAUUAUGUGAGAUAUGUUCAUAUAAAUUUAUGAAUGGUAACAAAACAGUUUUUCAAAAAAGCAAACAAAAAUGUACUGGAACAUU